UGUUCCCAGAAGCCACAUCAUGAGGAACGGUGCUCAUACAGUCCGUGUGGAAAACCAUUUCCUCGCGGAGUUCUCGUCUAUCUGGUGAUGCAGAGCGGAAUAUGACGUACCGCCGUCCGACACGCUGAGGUUUUUUUGUUUUGUUUGUUUUUGGAGCUCUGGAGGAGGUUACGAGUGGGAGAGCGUAUUGUGGAAGUGGAAGAUUGAAAUGUAUCAUCAAGCGCUGGGCUGGAGUGAACGUGUCGAACCCGAGGUUGAUUCCUCACCUCCUCCCUCGCCGCCUGCGACGUGUGAUUUAUCUAUUUAUAGCUCACAACUGUACUGUUGCGAUACACCAAAUAUAGAUCUCUUGUUACCACGACGUUGACACACGGCGGGAAGGAGAGUCUUCAGUUGCGAGGCUGUCGAUGGCUUCCAUGAACCAUGGAUUGGGCGGGAAAGGUGGCGUCGUGAGCGACUGACGCGUGAAGCAUGAGAGGGUGGAGCUGAGGCUCAGCUGACCCUUCCCCUUCCUCCUCCUCCUUUCCCAACCCCGUGUUCCACUUGUUCAGCUUCGUCCUCCCACCCGGACUCCCCCCGUCCUGUCCCCCGCCCCCAUUCCUGUGGCGCACACCCUGCUGAAUCCCACCCGUCUUCCAGACCUCCAUCAGCCGUGCCCGAUGUACUCGCCUGAGCAGGAGAAUAUUUGCACCACCUCCACCAAAGUGCCAGUCAAGUAUGGAGAGCUCAUUGUGCUGGGGUACAAUGGCUCCUUGCCCAACGGCGACCGGGGCAGACGUAAAAGCCGCUUUGCACUUUGCAAAAGACCCAAGGCGAACGGGGUUAAACCCAGCGUCGUCCACGUCGCCUGCUCUCCACAGGCAGCCAAGGCCAUCAGCAACAAAGACCAGCACAGCAUCUCCUACACUCUGUCCCGAGUCCAGACGGUGGUGGUGGAGUACACCCACGACAGUAACGUAGACAUGUUCCAGGUGGGUCGUUCCACAGAGAGCCCCAUAGACUUCGUGGUGACGGACACGGUGGCGGGCAGCCAGAGCAACGCCGACGCACAAACGGUCCAGAGCACCAUCUCCCGCUUCGCCUGCCGCAUCAUCUGCCAGCGCACGCCGCCCUACAGCGCACGCAUCUACGCGGCGGGCUUCGACUCCUCCAAGAACAUCUUCCUCGGGGAGAAGGCCGCCAAGUGGAAGACGGCCGACGGGCAAAUGGACGGCCUGACCACCAACGGCGUGCUGGUGAUGCACCCUCGCCACGGUUUCAGCCAGGACUCCAGGCCGGGCGUGUGGCGGGAGAUCUCCGUGUGCGGGAACGUCUUCACCUUACGAGAAACACGCUCGGCACAGCAGCCGGGAAAGUUGGUGGAGGCGGAGUCUCAGGACCUGGAGGACGGCUCCCUCAUCGACCUCUGCGGCGCCACGCUACUGUGGCGCACCGCCGAGGGUCUGUCGCGCACGCCCACCCUCAAGCACCUGGAGGCGCUGCGUCAGGAGAUCAACGCGGCGCGGCCCCAGUGCCCCGUGGGUUUCAACACGCUGGCCUUCCCCUCCAUGCGGCGCAAGGACACACCGGACGAGAAGCAGCCGUGGGCGUACCUGCGCUGCGGCCACGUGCACGGCUACCACAACUGGGGCAACCACCGCGAGGAGCGGGAGGGCCGUGAGCGCUGCCAGCGCGAGUGCCCCAUGUGCCGCGCCAAGGGGCCCUACGUGCCGCUGUGGCUGGGCUGCGAGGCGGGCUUCUACGUGGACGCCGCCCCGCCCACGCACGCCUUCCACCCCUGCGGCCACGUGUGCUCGGAGAAGACGGCCGCCUUCUGGAGCCAGAUCCCGCUGCCGCACGGCACGCACACCUUCCACGCCGCCUGUCCCUUCUGCGCCCAGCAGCUGAGCGGCGAGCAGGGCUUCGUCAGACUCAUCUUCCAAGGCCCGCUGGACUAGCAGGCAGGCCACGCCCCCCUCCCCCUGCCGUCCUUUGGGAACGUUCUCUCCUCCAACCGGGAACUUCUCUCGUCCUCUUUCCCGUUUGUAAGUGACCUUUGUACUCUUUUUUCAUGGCGCACUGCAAAGAGUUCUAUAUUUUCACCAGCUGCUGGAGAACCUUGGUGAUGGUGACAUUAUUUAUCAGGGGUGUCCAAACCUUUUCCACACAAACAUCAACGCGUGAUUCAUUUCCAAAACCAAUACACUAUUCAUCCUUUUUAACCUUCAGGGCUCCAAAAAGUCAUAAACAUUUUGAAAAUAAGUCAUACUGUACAUUUUAUUUUAUUUUAUUUUUUCUUAUUCAAUGCUUAAAUCUCGACAUCAACUUCAGGUUUAUCUGUCGAUAUAACUGUUGACAUUUUUUUUUUUUUUUUUUGUCCAAACCCAGUUUUUAAUGCCAAAAACACAAAAUAUGCAAUCUUUUCCCCCCAAAAAGUGGAAUAUUUGGUUGUAAGUCAUUGGAACCUUAAAUAUGUCAAUGAUUCAUUACAAUAUUGAUUUUAACUCAUAAUUUUUUUGAGUAAUGACAGUUUAAAAAAAUUAUCCCACUCAAACGGGGAUAUAUAUAUAUAUAUAUAUAUAUUUAUAUAUAUAUGUUUAUGUAUAAGUUUAUUUGAAAUAGGAACAGAUACAGAAACAUAGUUAUCUGAAAGAGUUAUCCAAUGUAUGCAUCAUUGUGUUUGUAGCCAAAGCUAAUUUACAACAUUUGUCCCCAACAACACAGAUCCAACAUCAAUAAAUAGGAAAGCAAAAAGAAUGAGGCAAAGAUGAGUCAAUGAUAAUGAUAAUAGCAAUAAUAAAGACAAAGUGUAAACUAAAUAAAAGCCAAUAAUAAUAAUAACACAGACAAAGUGCAGACCAAAUUAAAAAACAAUUAGUAAAAAUUAAUAAAAACGUAUAUAUAUAUAUAUAUAUAUAUAUAUGUAUAUACACAUAUAUAUAUAUGUAUAUACAUAUAUAUAUAUAAAUGUACACAUACAUACAUAUAUACACAUAUAUAUAUAUAUAUAUAUAUAUAUAUAUAUAUAUAUAUAGAAGGACCCAAUUGUAAAAAACAAGUCAAACAUCUUUUUAAUUCAACACUUAAGUCUCUAGAAGUCUCUCGAUCAGUGUUUUUCCCCCCCACCAAGUUUCACCUCAGAAAACACUUGGCUCUCAAAGUACCACCAUAAUGACCAACAUGAAAAGACAGUAGCAUAGUAGGCCUAAGUAGUCAUUAAAAACAAGCUAGAUGGUUUUAUUUAACAAGUAUAUUUAAUAUAUGUGGCCACUGUAACAUUACACACAGUUUGAACGGUAACACUGUGUUUGAAUAUAGGAAAAUAAAACAAUCAAUCAAUCAAUCAAUGUUUAUUUAUAUAGCCCCAAAUCACAAAUGUCUCAAAGGACUGCACAAAUCAUUACGACUACAACAUCCUCGGAAGAACCCACAAAAGGGCAAGGAAAACUCACACCCAGUGGGCAGGGAGAAUUCACAUCCAGUGGGACGCCAGUGACAAUGCUGACUAUGAGAAACCUUGGAGAGGACCUCAGAUGUGGGCAACCCCCCCCCCCCCCCUUCUAGGGGACCGAAAGCAAUGGAUGUCGAGCGGGUCUAACAUGAUGCUGUGAAAGUUCAAUCCAUAGUGGCUCCAAGACAGCAGCGAGAGUCCCGUCCACAGGAAACCAUCUCAAGCGGAUCAGCAGCGUAGAGAUGUCCCCAACCGAUACAGGCGAGCGGUCCAUCCUGGGUCCCGACGAGCGGUCCAUCCUGGGUCCCGACGAGCGGUCCAUCCUGGGUCUCGACUCUGGACAGCCAGUACUUCAUCCAUGGUCAUCGGACCGGACCCCCUCCACAAGGGAGGGGGGGACAUAGGAAAAAGAAAAGAAGCGGCAGAUCAACUGGUCUAAAAAGGAGGUCUAUUUAAAGGCUAGAGUAUACAGAUGAGUUUUAAGGUGAGACUUAAAUGACUUAAAACACUGUACCUUAAUCCCCCCCCCGCGUACCACUACCAGUUUGACAAUCACUGGUCUCUAUCAACUUCAGAUUUGUGUGUACAUACAUACAUGAAUGUAUAUGUAUAUAUGUGUGUAUGUAUAUGUAUAAAUAUGUGUGUGUAUAUGUAUGUAUAUAUGUAUAUAUAAUGCAUAUAUGGGUAUAUAUGUAUGCAUAUGUUUAAAUAUCAAAGUGGAAUGUUCCAAUCACUUAUGACAAUGACAGAUAAAAUUAAAUAAAAAACAUUAAAAUUAUUGGAGACCCAAAAGGCUCCCAUUCAAAUUGUUUAAUAAGUCAUUCAUUGUUUUUGUUGUAUUUUUUACAAAGCCUAAAUAUCAACUUUAGAUCUAUCCGUUUUUUUUUGUUUUUUUACACUUUUUUGUUUUAUGCCCUUUUUGUCAAAGAAAACUGUUUUGGGUUUUUUUAACGGCAAAAACACAGAAUAAGCAAGAUUUUCCCCGAAAACUCAUAUAGGUCAAUAAUUCAACAACAUUGAUUAUGAUGUAUUAUUGUCUUUUGAGCAAUGACCGUUAAAAAAACAGUCUCCAUGGGAGCUUUGUGUUUUUACACUCAACAUUGCAAUGCUUUUCUUGUUACAUUUCACCUGUUUGCUCUUUUUUUCCACUUUUUAUGUUUUUAUUUUUUAUUUUUAGCCGCACUUUGGACACCCCUGCUUUAUCCAAACAGUAUGGCUUAUUCUUAUUGCAAUAUACAUCUUGUCAAGCUAAUUUGAAGCAAGAUAUUUUAUUUAUGGCCCUUUAAGUGUCACUUCCUGUUUCACCUUUCAGAUUAAGGGUAUCCUGUCUUCUCUCUUUUACUUUUUUUGUUACUCACGUCUACAAGCUGCAGGUGUUUUGUUCUGAGAGCUUUUCUGUUUGUUGUAUUUAAACGUUGUGUCCUCUUGUGUGUGUGUGUGUGUGUGUACGUAUGUGUGUUUGUACCCCGUGUGUGUACGUACGUGUGCGUUCUUCUCUCUCGUUCAAAGCAAUACGCAAACCUGAAUAUCGAGUGAAAUUACUGCCAUAACUCCACAAACACUCAUGUCCAACGAUUUGAAAGUUAAAACAUUUUUUCAAAAAUCUGCAAUUAAAAAAAUAAUUUGCAAGUAAAAUAAAUUAGUCACGUAAAAAAACACUUCACUAGUACAACAAUUUGUUUUUGCAAGUAAAAAAAUUAUUUGCCAGUAGCAAAAAAAAUCCUGCGAGUAAAAAAAGAAAACACUCCACAAGUAGAAAAAAUGUUCUGCAAGUAAACAAAAACAUUUGCCAGUAAGAAAAAAAAUAUUUCCGCAAUUAAAAAAAUAAUUAGCAAAAAACUGUGCAAGUAAAACGAUAAUGUGCAUGUAAAAAAACAGUCCACCAGUGUAAAACAAUUUUUUGCGUGUAAAAAAAAUUAUUCGCCAAAAAAAACAAAAUUCUCCAAUUAAAAAAUUAUUUGCAAAAAAAAUUUGCAAGUAAAAAAAUGUUUUUGCAAGUAAAAAAAAAAAACGAUUCGCCAGAAAGAACAUUUUUUAAAUUCUGCAAGUAAAAAAAAAAUUGCAAGUCUAAAAAACAUUUUUAUAAAAAAAAUCUCUUCUCAAGUAUAAAAAAUGUUUUGCAAGUAAACAAAAACAUUUGCCUGUAAGAAAAAAAAAUAGUUCUGCAAGUAAAAAAAUAAUUAGCAAAAAAAUUCUGCAAGUAAAAAAAAAUUUUUGCUAAAAAAAAAAACAGUCCAUGAGUAUAAAACAAUUUUUUGCGUGUAAAAAAAAUGAUUCGCAAAAAAACUACAAAAUUGUCCAAGAAAAAAAAUUCUGCAAGUAAAAAAUGUUUUGCAGGUAAAAAAAAGAUAAAAAUUCGCCAAACAGAAAAAAUUCUUCUGCAAGUAAAAGAAAAAUUCUGCAUGUAAAAAAAACAUUUGCAAGUAAAAAACAAAAAUUUGAUUAAAAAAAAACACUUUGAGUAUAAAAAGUUUUUUUGCAAGUAAAGAAAAUUAUUCGCAAGUUAAAUAAAAAAAACCCAAACAAUUCUGCUAAGUAAAAUUCUGCAAGUAAUAAAAAAUAUUAAUGUAAAAAAACACUUCACGAGUGUAUAAACAUUUUUUUCUGUGUAAAGAAAACAAUUCGCCAGUAAGAAAAAUUAUAUCUGCUAGUAAAAAAAAUUGCUAUUAAAAAAAAUAUCUGCAAGUUAAAAAAAAAAUUUCAGGUAAAAAAACACCUCACAAGUAUUAAACAAUUUUCUGCAAGUAAACGAUUCACAAGUUAAAAAAAGUAUGUAAGUGAAAGAAAACUAUUUGCAAGUACAAAAUACAGUUUUGCAAGUAAAAAAACGAUUUGAAAAUAUUGAAAAUUAUUAUUCAUCAAUAAAACAGUCCCGUAAUUUGAACUCUACAACUACAGGUGGUGCUGUUGAGUCAAUUGAAGACUGUCAGCGAUACAAUUACUUGCGCGUGGUGCCAUCCGCUAAAACUAACAAAGAAGAAGAAGCAGGGCGGGGACUAAAAGAGCGGAAAACAAGCUAAACCUGUAAGUUUAAAGUGAAAAAUACAAGUACUCUGUGGAUCGCGCAAGGUGCAAUUUUACUCCCAAAAUUUUUAACUUGUAAAUAGUUGUUAUACUUUUUUAAAUUGCAGAACAUUUUUUAUUUGCUAAUCGUUGGGCGGGAGUAAAAACAUUUUUUUGUGUUUGUGGAGUUUUGGCAGUAAUUCCAGUCAAGUACCUGAAGCAUUAAUGGCCGUCUGAACAACGUCUCCUCCCUUUAACCUUUAAAGCUCACAGCCAUGUAGCAUCACACCAACAUUUAGCAUUUCUCAUUAGCAUUAGCACUCACGACGUCAGAUGCUAAUUCACCUCGCAAAAGCAUUUCUAAAGUCUCGUCUUUUUUGUCAGUUACAGUAAAUCAUAGGGGUGGACGAAAAAAAUAUUCACAUCCAAAUCGCGAUUGUUACUCAUCCAUAUUUUAAAUUGAUUCAUUAUUUUCAACAAUAGACAAAAACUAUUUUUUAAUUUUUAUUUAUAAGAUUCCAUUUUUUAAAAAUUGUUUUUGGUCAUGUGCAAGCAACCAGAAGGAGCUUUUCUAACCCGCAACCGGAAAAAAGUUUCAUUAGAAUUUUUAUAGCAACUAUAAUAUAUUAUAUUUAAUUAAUUUAAUAUUUAAUAAUAAUACAUUUCGAGAACCAGUUUGAAUGGAGAAUCGAUUCGGACACAAAUCAUCACCCCAGGAAUCGGAUCGAAUCGUUAGGUGCCCAAAUAUUUACAAGCCUAAUAAAUUAUGUUAAUGAUAGAAUCUAAUUAAGAUACAUCAUCGUGAAAACAAUGAUAUAUCUUAUCCCUCAACUCACUUCCGGUAUUGACCACUAAAGAAUCGUUCGAAUGACGGUUGUGAUUUUGCCACAUUCUAUUCCAUGCAAAAAUUGUUUUUUUUUUAAAAAGUCAACAACAAAUUUUUUGGAGGUGAACCUUAUGCUGCGUAUUCUUAAGGAAUUUGCAGACAUGUUAAAACAGGGGUGUCCAAAGUCUGGCCCGGGGGGAACACUUUUUAAAAAAUGUUACCAAAAUAAAACUUAAACAUUCAAAACAAGUGAAAUGUAACGAGAAAAUGUUGCAAUGUUGACUUUGUCGGCAGUUUUUCUUUUUUAAAAAGCAUAUAAUCAACGGAACGAUCUGAGCUUGAUCAAGAUCAGGGGUCACCAACCUUUUUGAAACCAAGAGCUACUUCUUGGGUACUGAUUAAUGCAAAAGGCUACCAGUUUGAUACACACUUAAAUAAAUUGCCAGAGGUAGCCAAUUUGCUCAAUUUACCUUUAAUAAAUAAGUAAAUAUAUAUAUAUAUAUAUAUAUAUGUAUAUAUAUAUAUAUAUGUGUGUGUGUGUAUAUAUAUAUAUAUAUAUAUAUAUAUAUAUAUAUAUAUACAUAAAAAAGGGUAUUUCUGUCUGUCAUACCGUCGUACAUUUUUUUUUUCCUUUUACGGAAGGUUUUUUUGUAGAGAAUAAAUGAGGAAAAACCCACUUAAUUGAACACUUUAAAAGAGGAGAAAACACGAAAAAAAUGAAAACAUAGUUUGUCUUAAAUUUCAACUCUUUAAAAUGCAAAAUUCAACCGAAAAAAAUGAAUAGAAGAACUUGCUCAUUUGAAUCUUUUUGAAAAAAAAAAAAAAAAAGAAUUCAUGGAACCUCAUUAGUAAUUUUUCCUGAUUAAGAUUAAUUUUAGAAUUUUGAUGACUAGUUUUAAAUAGGUUAAAAUCCAAUCUGCAAUUUGUUAGAAUAUAUAACAAAUUGGACCAAGCUACAUUUCUAACAAAGACAAAUCAUUAUUUCUGCUAGAUUUUCCAGAACAAAAAUUUUAAAAGAAAUUUGAAACUUUGAAAUAAGAUUUAAAUUGGAUUCUACAGAUUUUCUAGAUUUUCCAGAAUAUUUUUUUUGAAUUUUAAUCAUAAUAAGUUUGAAGAAAUAUUUCACAAAUAUUGUUCGUCAAAAAAACAGAAGCUAAAAUGAAGAAUUAAAUUAAAAUGUAUUUAUUAUUCUUUAUAAUAAAAAAAAUAAUACUUGAACAUUGAUUUAAAUUGUCAGGAAAGAAGAGGAAGGAAUUUAAAAGGUAAAAAGGUAUAUGAGUUUAAAAAUCCUAAAAUUAUUUUUAAGGUUGUAUUUUUUCUCUAAAAUUGUCUUUCUGAAAGUUAUAAGAAGCAAAAAAAUAAAAAUUAAUUUAUGUAAACAAGUGAAGAUCAAGUCUUUAAAAUAUUUUCUUGGAUUUUCAAAUUCUAUUUGAGUUUUGUCUCUCAGAAUUAAAAAUGUCGAGCAAAGCGAGACCAGCUUGCUAGUAAUUAAAUAAAAUUAAAAAAAAGAGGCAGCUCACUUUUAAGUGCUACUAUUUGAGCUAUUUUUAGAACAGGCCAUCGGGCGACUCAUCUGGUCCUUACGGGCUACCUGGAGCCCGCGGGCACCGCCUUGGUGACCCCUGAUCUAGAUCAUCCAUCCAUUUUCUACUGCUUGUCCCUUUUGCGGUGGUUGUCAAAAAAAAAGUUUUCUCGCCAAGUACUACAUCGUGGCCAGCAUUCAAAUACAGUAGCAUAGGAGGCCUAAGUAUUCAUUAAAAACAAGGCAGAGGUUUUAUUCAACAAGUGUAUUUCAUAUUUUUGGCCACUUUAACAUUACACAACAUUUGAACGUUAACACUGAUAGAUAGAUAGAUAGAUAGAUAGAUAGAUAGAUAGAUAGAUAGAGAGAUAGUACAACAAAACUUUGUUUUCAGCACAAAUCCGUUCAAGAUUAGACAAACAAACAGUAUACAGGGUUACAGAAAAGGAACGCUGAUGGGUCCCCACAAGGCACCCCGUAAAAGAUGGGCAAAAAGGUAAAACGCUGGGGGAGGAUGAGUAAAAAAAUACAAUCUAGACUGGACUCCUAAGGGGGCCCAGUCUGGAGUGGGAAAAAAAAACUCCAUAGCAAAGCACAUAUACAUAUUACAUCGUACAUAUCUAGCAACAGAGGGAAGGGAGUGCGGGGUCAUGGUGGUGGGCCGCAGCUCUCAGGCGCUGACCAUCCUUUCAUCACCCCUAUGAGAUUUGCGUAGUGGGUUUGAAUUGGGAAAAUAUAUAUUAUAAUAAAUACAAAAAGCCACUGUACUUCAAUCCAAUCAUUCUUUGGCCUACCACUAGAUGGAGGCCAUGUACCACUAGUGGUACUCGUACCACAUAUUAAAGCAUUAUUUUAACUGUUAAGUUGUGGCCUUUUGGCUCACCGAGACCUUUUUAGUGUGUUUUUUUUUUAAACUACAGUUGCUUACUACUACGACCCAAUCAGUGGCCUAGUGGUUAGAGUGUCCGCCCUGAGAUCGGUAGGUCUUGAAUUCAAACCCCGGCCGCGUCAUACCAAAGACUAUAAAAAUGGUACCCAUUACCUGCCCUGCUUGGCACUCAGCAUCAAGGGUUGGAAUUAGGGGUUAAAUCACCAAAAAUGAUUCCCGGGCGUGGCCACCGCUGCUGCUCACUGCUCCCCUCACCUCCCAGGGCGUGAACAAGGGGAUGGGUCAAAUGCAGAGGACAAAUUUCACCACACCUCGUGUGUGUGUGACAAUCAUUGGUAGUUUGAAUUUUAACUUUGAAAAAAAAAAAUAAACAACCAAAAUAAAUGUUAUGAAUAUUCCGCUUUGAACUUAUUGGUGGGAAAUAUUGCAUAUCUUAUGUUUUUUCUGUAGAAGAUGGUUUUGACAAAAAAGGGCAAAUACAUUAAAAAAAUAUGUCAACCAAUAUUGAUAUAAGUUGUAGGAAUACAACUUUCAUUCAUUCAUACAUGUAGGAAUGAAUGAAAGUUGAAAAAAAUAAAAUAAUGCUUGCAAUAUUUAUUGUAUUGGUUUUGGAAAUGAAAAAUAUGCAAAUGGCCCCCGACUGCUUUCUGUUGUCCCCUCAUAGGAAAACGUUUGGACACCCCUGCAUUAGAAGUAGGAGCCGAUUAAAUCCACUUCCGUUUUUUUUUAUUUUUUACCCAUCAUUCUCCAACUUUAAAAUGUUUUACACACAAAACUUUAAGAGUUACCUCUUAUAAAACCUCUUAAAUAAUUUAUUCCAUUGCGUUCAGCGUAGAGUCAAUAUGCCGUUGUGCCCAUGCGCCGAAGUCAGUUCUCUACUAUUUUUUGUCUAAUAUUUGAUGUAUACUGAUAACCUCAAAUAGUCGUCAACUACACUUUACCAAUUAAAAUAAUUCGUCCAUCUCCAUUUUACUUAAUUUAAAUUGGAAGGGGGAAAAAAACGCCUGCGCGCAACUGAUGACGUCAUUAACGCUUGAAAAGACCCUUGACUCAGGUUUGUUUGACAGUUCAAAUAACUCAAAGCUACGAACAUUUGACUUUGCAUGGCGUCACUUCCGCUUCAUGCUCGCCUCAGGGAGACAAAAGUUGAUGACAUGUUACACACAUGACUAAACUAGAGGUUAUUAUGUUAUUAUUAUACCUCAUUAGUUUUCAUACUCAUUUCCAUCACUGUCCGUCCCCCCUUCCCCCUCCCCCUUGCAUAUCCUAUGCCCAAAUAUGGAAGAUAGGGCUUCUUUUAUGAUGACGCCAGCCAUCCAUCCACGCACCUGUUUGUGCUCGUAAAGCGAAAACAAAGAAUGUUUUUUGUAAUGACUUUCAACAAUAAAGUGUUUAAAAAAAAAAAAAAGUGACUCUGUGGUGUUUGCAGGACUUUUUUUUUUUCUAACU